AUGAGCGUCACAAUUCCUCUUCUCACACCAACUUCACUAUUCAAAAAGAAAGACAUCUCUCCUGAGAUCAGAACGAUAAACCAAAUGAAAUCUCUUCUCAAGAACGUGCUGGUGCUGACACAUCAUCAUCAUCAGAAAGGAGCUUCUAUGAGACGCUUGCUCCUCCUCUCUUCUCAAACACAACAAUUCUCUCAAUUUUCAACUAGUGCCAUCUCCUCAUACAAAGAAGUUGAAUUCACUUCCGUUCGGGAUUUACUCGAGACAGCUCCCAAUAUUCAAAUUGUCGAUGUGAGAACACAACAAGAAUUUGAACAUGCCGAACACAAAUUUAGGAAGGGUUUCAAUUUGCCAGUUCAAACUCUCGAAUCGAAUAUGAGUUUGUUGGAUAAAACCAAACCAACCUAUGUGGUUUGUCAAUCAGGAAUUCGAGCAAAGAGAGCAAGUGACUUGUUGAGUCAAAGUGGAUUUACAGAUGUGAUUUGCAUUAAGGGAGGUUUCAAUGAUAUUAAGAACACUUGUAAACCUCAGGAUGAUCCCAUCGUGCAAGUGAAACCUGCAGGUGCUGCCGGAUCCUCAUCGGUGUGGUCCAUGGAACGACAAGUUCGAUUCACGGCCGGUGCAUUUGUUGUUGCAGGUGUUGCUGGAUUUGCUGUCACUGGAAAUCCAGUGUUUUUGGGUUUGCCAGGAUUUAUCGGAUGUGGACUCAUGUAUUCAGCCUAUACCAAUACGUGUGCCAUGGGUGUGGCAUUAAUGAAGAUGCCAUGGAAUAAGAUGAAUCCUCAAGCAAGUUGUGCCACUCUAAAGAAGUAA